UGAUUUUGUAAGAGACAAACUUAGAGGAAAAUGUGGAGACUUCUGUCCCUAAGUGUUUUGGUAAUAAUCAAGAAAAAAUUAGAAACAGUAAGUAAUGACUUCAUUUCUGGAUUUUCUCACAAAUUUUUUUUUUUUUUUGAAACUAACUUGUUAGAAAUUUCCACUCAUUUUUUGGAGAAAAGAACAGGAGAUUACCUAGAAAACUAACUACCAGUGGAACAAUGCUUAACACUGGACUCACUGUAUGGAACCUCACUGGAACCACGCAUGGAGGAGGAGAGUAGCAGAAUGGAACAAAGGUUGUCCUGGGAAAUAAUUAUUUUCCAAAGAAGAGGGAACAGAGGCUUUUGUUCAGCCAAGAACAAGGGAAUUAUGACUUUUUAGUCUUCAUUGAGCUGCAUGGUGGCAAGACACAUUUCUGGGGACAAUGAAAUGAAUGAAAUUACCGAAGAAAUAAGAAUCAGGCUCUACAAUGACAACCUAUUUGGAAUUCAUCCAACAAAAUGAAGAACGAGAUGGAGUCCGAUUUAGCUGGAAUGUUUGGCCAUCAAGUCGACUAGAAGCUACAAGAAUGGUUGUUCCCGUAGCAGCCUUAUUUACACCACUGAAGGAGAGACCUGAUUUACCACCUAUUCAGUAUGAACCUGUUCUGUGUAGCAGGACCACUUGCCGUGCAGUUUUGAAUCCUUUAUGUCAAGUGGAUUACCGAGCAAAACUCUGGGCUUGCAACUUUUGUUACCAAAGGAAUCAGUUUCCACCUACUUACGCUGGUAUAUCUGAAUUGAAUCAACCUGCGGAGCUCUUACCUCAGUUUUCUAGCAUUGAAUAUGUAGUUCUGCGUGGUCCUCAGAUGCCUUUGAUAUUCCUCUAUGUGGUUGAUACUUGCAUGGAAGAUGAAGAUUUACAAGCCCUGAAAGAAUCUAUGCAGAUGUCAUUGAGUCUUUUACCACCUACAGCUUUGGUUGGACUUAUUACUUUUGGGAGAAUGGUACAGGUUCAUGAACUUGGAUGUGAGGGCAUUUCAAAAAGCUACGUGUUCAGAGGAACAAAAGAUUUGUCUGCCAAACAACUGCAGGAAAUGCUGGGACUCUCUAAAGUACCCGUUACUCAAGCUACACGUGGUCCUCAGGUACAACAGCCACCUCCUUCCAAUAGAUUCUUGCAGCCAGUACAGAAAAUAGACAUGAAUCUCACAGAUCUUCUGGGAGAACUGCAGCGAGACCCUUGGCCUGUACCACAGGGGAAGAGACCUUUGCGUUCCUCUGGGGUGGCACUUUCCAUAGCUGUAGGACUACUUGAGUGUACUUUUCCCAACACUGGUGCUCGUAUCAUGAUGUUCAUUGGCGGUCCAGCCACUCAGGGGCCUGGAAUGGUGGUUGGAGAUGAAUUGAAGACACCUAUAAGAUCAUGGCAUGACAUUGAAAAAGACAAUGCCAAAUAUGUUAAAAAGGGAACAAAGCAUUUUGAAGCAUUGGCUAAUCGAGCUGCUACGACUGGUCAUGUUAUUGAUAUAUAUGCCUGUGCGUUAGAUCAGACAGGUCUCCUGGAGAUGAAAUGCUGUCCCAACCUUACUGGAGGAUACAUGGUAAUGGGUGACUCUUUCAACACUUCCUUAUUCAAGCAGACUUUUCAAAGAGUUUUUACCAAAGAUAUGCAUGGACAGUUUAAAAUGGGCUUUGGUGGUACAUUAGAAAUAAAGACCUCAAGGGAAAUAAAGAUUUCAGGAGCUAUUGGACCCUGUGUGUCUCUCAAUUCUAAAGGACCUUGUGUGUCUGAAAAUGAGAUAGGAACAGGUGGCACUUGUCAAUGGAAGAUAUGUGGACUCAGUCCCACUACAACCUUAGCCAUAUAUUUUGAGGUUGUCAAUCAGCAUAAUGCUCCAAUUCCUCAAGGAGGGCGUGGUGCCAUCCAGUUUGUGACUCAGUAUCAGCAUUCAAGUGGACAGAGACGCAUCCGAGUGACCACCAUUGCUAGGAACUGGGCGGAUGCUCAAACUCAAAUCCAAAACAUUGCUGCAUCUUUCGACCAGGAGGCAGCUGCCAUUCUUAUGGCCCGGCUGGCAAUAUACAGGGCGGAAACAGAGGAAGGACCAGAUGUACUUAGAUGGCUAGACAGACAGCUCAUUCGACUGUGUCAGAAAUUUGGAGAAUAUCACAAAGAUGAUCCAAGCUCCUUCAGAUUUUCAGAAACUUUCUCCCUUUACCCUCAGUUUAUGUUUCAUUUAAGAAGAUCUCCUUUCUUGCAAGUUUUUAACAAUAGUCCUGAUGAGAGUUCAUAUUAUCGUCAUCAUUUUAUGCGUCAAGAUUUGACUCAGUCUCUAAUCAUGAUUCAGCCUAUUCUGUAUGCAUAUUCUUUUAGUGGACCACCAGAGCCGGUUCUUCUUGAUAGCAGCAGUAUUCUUGCAGAUCGCAUUCUUCUCAUGGACACGUUCUUCCAGAUUUUGAUUUACCAUGGUGAGACCAUUGCACAGUGGCGCAAGUCAGGAUACCAAGACAUGCCAGAAUAUGAAAAUUUCCGCCAUCUUCUACAAGCCCCAGUGGAUGAUGCCCAGGAGAUUCUUCACUCCAGAUUUCCAAUGCCAAGAUACAUUGAUACUGAACAUGGAGGUAGCCAGGCCCGUUUCCUGCUUUCAAAAGUCAACCCUUCCCAGACUCAUAAUAAUAUGUAUGCCUGGGGACAGGUAAGUGUAAAUAGUGGAUCUUGGAAAUUAUUUCUUUAUGUAUUUAAAGUUUGUCAUUUUAAUGAGAACUACACAUUUUCCUACAUAUUUGCUAAUGAUUUCUGUUGCAAAAGUAAUGAAAAAAUGAGUAGAAAAUCGAAUUAAGCAUUUGGUGUCACCAUAGAAAAUAAAAAGUAAUUAUGUCAAAUAGAAUUCCUUCAUAUCCCGAGUUUAGUACUACACCCUUGAGACAAAAAGCAAUAUGGUAUAUAAGAUAGGAAGUGAUGAUUUAAGCUAAUACUAGGACAUGAACUACAAAAGGGCCACACAUAGUAAGUUGGAGAGGUCAGGGAUUGUAAUUGAAUAAGAGUGGCAGGAAGCCUGGAAAUCAUUGUUAAUAUAUUUUAAUUUUUUUAAAUGUCCUACCUCUUGAUACAGUAUAUCAACAUUUAUUGAGUGUCCAAUGUACAGGAUUCUGUAUUGGUACUUUAGAGUAUAUAGUGAUCAUCCUUUUUUUUUUUUUUUUUUUUUUUAUGUUUCAGGUUCUUAUUUAAAUUCUAGUGAGUUAACAUACAGUGUAAUAUUUGUUUCAGGAGUAGAAUUUAGUGAUUCAUCGUUUUUAUCAUCCCUGCUUUUUUUUUUAUUUUUUUAUUUUUUUAAAUGUUUAUUUAUAUUUUGAGAGAGACAGAGACAGAGCAUAAGCCGGAGAGGGGCAGAGAGAGAGGGAGACACAGAAUCUGAAGCAGGCUCCAGGCUCCGAGCUGUCAGCACAGAGCCUGACACGGGGCUUGAACUUACAAGCCAUGAGAUCAUGACCUGAGCCCAAGUCAGACACUUAACCAACUGAGCCACCCAGGUGCCCCUUGAUCAUCCCUGCUUUUAAAGAGUUUGUAGUCUAGUAUUAGGAAAAGAUACAUAUCUGAGUAAUUAAAAUACACGAGUCAGUAUAAGAUAUGUUCUUUUAGAAAGAUAUAAAAUAUAGAGGGUUUAGAGAAGGAAGAGAGGAAGAGAGCACAUGGUGGCAGCAGGAGACAGUGUGUGAUAAGAAAAGAGCUCAGGAGAGGGGACAUUUCCUUAUAGAAUGGUUACUAUUUGAAGAAGUAGAAAUUGUAUGAGGAAGGGAAUUCCAGGUAGAGGACAGUAAGGUACAGGGACAUAUAGGGAUGAAUAGAACAAUAAACUGGAAAUGUAUUGUGCAGUUAAAUUGUAGAGGAUUUUGAAUGCCAGAUUGAGUGCUGAGGAGCUGAAUCUAUUGGUAAGUAAUAAAACAUUUUUUGGGCAGAGGAGCAAAUUUGAGUCUUAGAAAAUAUAGUUGAAUCUUAAGAUUAAUUGAGAACAGUCUGUAGGUUGAAACUAUAUUUUGAAGUAAUCCAAAUGAGGGGGAUUGAAGGCAAGAUAGUGAAAAGGAAUAGAUUUUGGUGAUAUUUUAAAAGUGGAACCAGUGAGAUUUGCUAGAAGUUGUAGGAAAGUAAAAGUUACUCUAAGGCAAGAUCGCUAAAUGCAAAAUCUGAAUUCUGAUUGGAUUCUAGAUUAGAGAAAACAGCUAUAAAGAACAUAAAUGGGAUGAUUUGUAUCCCAUUUGAAUAUGGACCAUAUAUCAGAUACAGGUAUAAUAUUAAAUUUCUGGAGUGUGAUUCUGCUGUUGUGGUUAUAUAGGAGGGUGUCCUUGACCUUGGGAGAUAUAUCCUGAAGUGUUUGAGGGUGGGGCACCCGAUUGGCUCAGUCGGUUAAGCAUCCGACUUUGGCUCAGGUCAUGGUCUUGCAGUUCAUGCAUUUGAGUCCCGUGUUGGGGUCUGUGCUGACAGCUUGGAGCCUGAAGCCUGCUUCAGAUUCUGUGUUUCCCUCUCUCUCUGCUUCUCCCCUGCUCAUACUCUGUGUAUCUUU